AUGAAGUUGACGAUCACAACGAUGAGUGAUCUCGUGUUUUCGCUGGAAGUGUCCGAAGACAUGGAAGUGGAAAACCUGAAGGCGUUGUGUGAAUACGAGUCGGGAAUCAAUUGUAAACAAAUGGUUGUUAUGUUCUCCGGGAAGCCAUUACUCGAAGACAAACACGACCUCAAGAGUUAUGGCAUCAAAGAUGGAGACAUUCUUCUCAUUCAGAAGAUGUUGGGAACUGAGGGACAACUCAUGCAAUCGAGCGCUCAAUCGUCACAGUCUUCGCCUCUUCUGCCAGAUUUCAGCUCAAUUUCGAUCCCAUCUGUGAGUCAGAGGACGAACUCAAGCGCUUCAUCACCGCAACAGAUCCGCGAGACGUUGCUCUCGAAUCCGGAACAGAUCGCACGCCUCAAAGUGAAUAAUCCACAGUUGGCUGAAGCCCUCGAAGCAGGUCUUCCGCAGUUCACGAAAGUACUCGAAGAGCAGCAGAAGAAUCGAUCGGACGCUGAGAGGCGCCGAAUCCGAAUGCUUUUAGCGGAUCCGUUCGACUCAGAGGCCCAGCGAAUGAUCGCCGAUGAGAUCAAACAGCAACAGAUCGACAACAAUAUGGAGACAGCGAUGGAGUAUUUGCCCGAAAGCUUUGGUCAGGUUUUGAUGCUUUAUAUUGACUGCAAAGUGAAUGGCUUUCCGAUCAAAGCGUUUGUCGAUUCUGGCGCUCAGUCGACGAUUAUGAGCAAAGCCUGCGCCGAGAGGUGUAAUAUCACACGCCUUAUAGACCAGCGAUGGUCUGGUAUAGCGAAAGGUGUGGGCACUCAACGCAUUAUGGGUCGCAUCCAUUUGGUUCAGAUCCAAAUCGGGAACGACUACUUGGCCUCCAGUUUCACAAUACUAGAGGACCAGCCAAUGGACAUGCUUUUAGGUCUGGAUAUGCUUAAGAGACACCAGUGCUCUAUUGAUCUCAAGCGCAACGUUCUGCUCAUCGGCACCACUGGAACCGAAACCUCAUUUCUCAACGAAAACGAAUUGCCAGAGUUUGCCAAACAUAGA